AUGCUUUCGUCACGUCUCCAGGCGCCUCCUGAUGACAUCAGUUCUCCCUCCCCACUCAUUGUGGAAGAUGGCGGCUGCACAGUAAGCGCGCCUCCCCCGCGUGCGGUGACCGAGCAGCGAGCGCUCUGCAGCGGGAAGUGAGCAUGAAGCGACAAGGCGAACGUGGGGAGCAAAGCCCCGGCCGUGCAAAGAGAGCCAGAGAAAGGCGGGAGGAGGCCGGCGGGGCUCACCAUAAAAGUUCGGGAAGGCGGGAGAGGCCUAACCAGGCCGGGGCCUCUUCGUCUUCUUCCUCCUCCCGCCGUCCAAGGGAUCCACCGCCCCGGCCCCUUCUCCUGACGGCUCCAGCCGAGGCUCCGGGCUUAGAGUACAAGACUCUGCUGAUCAGUAACCUGGGCUCUGCGCUGCCCGACCCUCUGUUGGAGGAUUGGCUCUUCCGACACUUCCAGCGCUUCGGAGAGAUCAGUGUGAAGCUGUCACACACCCCGGAGCUCGGCCGAGUGGCCUACAUCAACUUCCGCCGACCGGCAGAGGCUCGUCAGGCCAGACACGCCAAAGUCCGCCCGGUACUCUAUGAUCGGCAGCUGCGUGUGGAGCCGGUAUUCACUCAGCAACCCGCCCGCCGGCCCGAGCCUUCCCCGCUGUCCCUCACCUCUCUGCCCAGCUACCCCCGAUCCACCUCCCCCCGGCACCUGCUCCUGCCCUCCUCCCUCACCUCCACCGCGGCCUCUGGGGACGGUUAUUAUCCGCUGUACGAGGAGAGGGCCCGAGGGGCCACAUACGGCAUGAGCAGCACCAGCACCGCCGAAGAUGAGCAACUGGCCCCGGAGGAUGAUCACAGAGCCACCCGCAACCUCUUCAUUGGCAACUUAGACCACAUGGUGACCGAGGUGGAUUUAAGGAGGGCAUUUGAUAAAUAUGGCCCCAUAGAGGAGGUGGUGAUCAAGCGCCCAGGAAGGGGCCAAGGGGCAGCCUACGCUUUCCUCAGGUUCCAAAACCUGGACAUGGCCCACAGGGCAAAACUGGCAAUGAGUGGGCGCUUGUUGGGGCGUAACGCAAUGAAAAUUGGCUAUGGGAAACCCAACCCAAGCACACGACUGUGGGUGGGGGGGCUGGGCCCCAGCACCUCUCUUGCAGCUCUCGCUCGAGAGUUUGACCGCUUUGGGAGUAUCCGUACUGUGGAUUAUGUGAAAGGAGACAGUUUUGCUUAUAUCCAGUAUGAAAGCUUAGACGCCGCCCAGGCUGCUUGUACACAGAUGAGGGGCUUUGCACUGGGAGACCGCAGGCUACGGGUUGACUUUGCCACAGUGUCACCGGACGAGGCUGCUGCGGCUGCAUCACGUUAUACUCCUCUCCAGACAACUCCAUACCCUCUGCCUCUACCCUACGAGUUGUUGCAAUCUGAAGCCUACAGCAGGCAUCGCACCGCUCUGGACCCAGAUCUCCGAGUGCGAGACAGGACCCCUCCGCAUCUUCUAUACUCUGAUCGUGAGAGACCGUUUGUGGAAGCUGGUUGGGUAAAUUCAGAACGGCGAAGCUCCGGCCAAGGAGCCCGGAGCAGGAGUGGGGACCGUGGGGGUGGAGGAGGUGGGGGUGGCGGUUCCAAGACAAGGGAGGAAAGGCGGCGACGCCGCAGCUUGUCGGGUGACAGGGUUCGGAGUAGAGCCGAGAGGAGCCCAGAACGUCAAAGGAGAGAACCUCUGGAGAGAGACCCUGGUACUCCUCCAUCCCCACAACACAAUCAUAGACCUUCAUCCCAGGACAAGCCCCGGCCCCCAACUCCUGACCCCCCCCAGCCUCGCAGGAAUCACCAUCCUAGACCUCCCGAGCCACCUGCUGAAAGACAAUCCCCCGGCGCAGAGAAGGGACGGACGCUGCCACCUGUGUGGUGUGGGCAUUUGGUACUAAAGAACAGCUGUUUUCCAACCAACCUUCAUUUCUUAGAGGGUGACCAUGAUGUGCCAGGUGCCCUUCUCAAGGACCGUUCUUCUACAAGUGCAGGCAACCUGGCACAACUUAAGAUUGCCCAACGACUCCGGCUUGACCAGCCUAAGCUUGAGGAGGUCACCCGAAAAGUGAGACAGGGCACUGCCGGAGGCUAUGCUGUACUUCUUGCCACACAGGCCCCACAGAAUGAGGGGGCAAUACCUGGGGAACCUGGCUUACAGCGCCGCCUGCUCAGGAACCUGGUCUCCUACCUAAAACAGAAACAGGCGGCGGGCGUUAUCAGCCUCCCAGUGGGAGGGAGCAACAAGGGCAGGGACCCAAGCGGCAUGUUGUAUGCAUUCCCUCCAUGUGACUUCCAUCAGCUGUACCAGAAAAGUGCUCAGCGCGUUGUCAGCAAGCUAGAAGAGAACAUGAUUAUUGUGUUGGUGAAAGACAGCGCCUGAUCCAGACUUCACUGUGCCCUGUUAGACUGUCCUGUGCCUACACUCUCCUCUCUCUCUUAUAGUUUUCAGAAUUGAUGGGGGCGGGCAACCAAAAAAUCUGGGGGUUCAAGUUAGGACUAAACUGAGUGGAAUAAAUCAUGUAUCACUUUAGUUUGUCUAAAAGGUUCUGCUACAUAAUUUACAAUGUGUUCCCUAACCCUGUUAGCUGUCGGGGUGUUCCAGUGCACAGCAAUGACUAUUGUCACAGGUAUAUAAGGCGAUAAAGUAAUAAAUCAUGGGAAGGUACCACCACCCUGCUCACUGUAGUCUCUUCCACUUAGGGCCCCUUUUAUAGUCAAAUUCCAACAGCAAACUCGCUGCUGGACAGAUCAACUUUCCUUUUGUGUGUGUGUGUUUAUUUUUUAAAAUCCCGUCUAGUGAAUUCUGCUCCCUAGCUCAGCAUCAAGCACCUUAGAAAUGCUGUGUGCGUGUGUUUUUGGCUAGUUCAUAGAGUUUGUCACAUUGGGGAUACUAGUUCUGUUUUUAGGUUUGUGUCCUGGAGACCUCGGUAGUCAAGAGGAUCCCAAGAGUGCCUUAUGUACACGUGACACUAGUAUUUAGUGUGUGUGUGAGAUGCGGGGGGAGCAGAGCUCUUAGCAGAACCCAUGAGCCUGAUUAGUGUGAUAAAACUACCUGUUUAUAAUCACAAGCAGCCUCCUAGGAUCAAACCCAGCUCAUUAUUUCUGCCUAAUGAUGCUCGUUAUGUGUGUGUGUUCCGAAGAGGGACUUGGGUUAUUACCACUACCUGAAAGACUAGUAGGUUACAUUAUAUGUUACGACUGAGUAUCUGUGUGCACUGCAUCUUCAUUACUAGUCCAGGAACCUACAGGGAGUUAAAUCUAUCACUGCCCAGAGCCAACAUAACACUGUUCUUAUGUUUGUUUACAUGUAUGCUAGCAUAUGUGCGUGCACUAUACAUAUAUUAAAUGUGUGUAUUAUUGUGUACACGGAUAUGCCUAUGUAAAUGGGUAAACAGUCUCUGUAUGUAAUAGCACAUCUCUGGGUUUUGUGUAUGUAUCUUGCACGCACGUACUCGUGUAUAUAUUUCUAAACCGUAUACAUGUGACCAAACAAGGCUUUCCUCACAGUGUUGAAGGACGGCACUCAAGUUAAAAAUCAAAGCAUAUUCUGCUAUAUAUGGGGUUAGAAAUACCGACAUGUUUUAAAGCUCCACAAAGGGGAUAUAUAAAUAAAUAUAUAUAACUAUACAUACAAAUUUCUGUUGUAGAAAUACAUGCAUCAACAGGCAAGAUAAACGCAGCUCAGAGAUAUUUAACAGAGGGCAUCCCAAGGGUUUCACCAUAGACAUUCCCAUGGCAUGUAGCUUGGGGAUAUACGUGUUGUACUAUGCAAAGAUAGAAUAAAUAGUAGAGGGAGAAAUCCCUUGGAUCCAAUCUUACAACCAUGCCCUGAUAUCCAGCCUAUGCCCUGUGGGUCUUUUCGGUCAGCUGUCGUUAAGGGGCUUUUUGAUGCAUGUAUUCUAACUUAUUAUCUCUCUAAAAUGUUGCCUUUAAUAUAUUUUUGUUGCUUUGUGUACAUUGUUGGCAAAGCUGAUGGCACAAUACAGUUUCUAUGGUUUGUACAUUACAAAAGGAGCAUUGCUUUAUACAUUAUGUUUUGAUAUUUAAUUUGAGUGUAUUUCCCCCCUCUCAAUAUUCUGUUGCUAGGCGACUCCUACUAGUUUUGUACAUCUCUCUAAGCAGCCACACACUGAUAGAUCUGUUUGUUUGGUGACUUUGCCCAAUGAUUGGAUCUUUGCUCAGUUUGACCAUCUUUGUUUUUGGCCGGAUAGGCUGGUCCAAUUGCUUGGCCAACAAUAUAAUCUUUAUAACGGCCUAUGCACACUUGUCAGACGAGUAUUGUAUCGUUCCUAGCCCGACUGGAUUAUGAAUUCUACCCAGUAGAUCUGUUGCUGCUUUUCAGGCACUUAUUGAUUGGGCAGCCAGUCGCUAGGCCCCAUCCACAGGCCAAUAAGCAGCUGACUGUGUCUUGAGGGGCAGAAUCUAUAGCCAAUACAAUCCCUGUGUAUGGUCAACCUAACCUCUCACGUCCAUAGAAUACAUCACAGGCUUUCAGUUUCACUUUCCAUUAGCACCAAUCCCAUCUCAUUCUGUUCCCUGAUUCCAGCUGGUUAUUGGUCAGGAGCUGAGCAUCUCUUGUGACAUGUCAUUGUUUUAUCCCAAAUGGUUCUGUGCUGCUGAAUGGGUAUAGCUGAUCCGUUCCCACUAGAUGCAUUUGUAUUCCGUCACAACCCAAGCUCCUAGUAUGUCAUUUCAUUUGUUUGACUCUUAACAUGUUUGUUUUGGUGAAUUUCCCAACCCCUUUCUCCUGUUAGAGGCUGCAGCCCUUUAUUCCCCCCCUUCAACCGACAGAAAGAAUAUGCAUUUGCUUUUAGUGGCUUUUUAUGUUUCUAGGGAGCCAGAGUGUCCAGAGGCCAAUAUGUUGCGAAUGUAGAGAGAGAAAUUUAAUAAAUAACACUGAAUUUUCAAGA